AUGAUGAGUUCAUCUCAAAAUUCAAAAACUACAAUACCAUGCUUGGAUUCGAAUAUUCAGGAAAAACUAAAUAAAGCUAGAAAGGUACUCGAACGUGUUGAAAAUGAUCCCUCUAUCCCAGUUGGUGCGCCGUUGUUCCUCGAGGACCUGAACGACAAUCUCGCCAUCAUUGGCUCGAAGACCCGUACUCCUUCUCCUGCUGGUCUAUCACCACGACGAUCGAAACCUGGAACAAAGAGUCCUGUGUUGCUAUCACCUGGGAGAGAGCACUCGAUAGAGUCUGACCGUUCGUUGAAGGUGGUAAUAGCAACGAAGCGUGGCAAGCUUAGCUUUCUACCACCAGGAGAACUUCCACCUGAAAUUGACGACGAGGAUGCUAAAAUGGAUGAACGGAAGCAGGAGGUAAAACCUCUCACUCACAAAGACGAAUUCCAAGAUCUCCGCGAAAAGCUUGAGCGCGAGAAUGAACGAAGAAAGAUCGGUCCUGAUACUUAUUUGAUGGCAACUCAAGGUCCUUCGUUCAAUGCUCGUGUCCGUGACUAUCGUCGCAAUCUAUGGGGUGAUGGAGCACCACUGCUUUUUUGCUCCAGGUACACAGACAUACUUCGUGAGCUACAGACCGGAAUACAACCGAAAUCGAACGAAAACGCGACCGCGCUCCGGAAAGCGCCAUCGCUAAGUGCCAUCGAGCGGAUUAAAGCCGACAUUGACAAAGUCUCUCCAUGUGCCACCAGACGUAAUGCGGAUGGAACUUACGCUCCGAUCUUUGUCUCCCGUCUUCGUGAUGUCUAUCUCCGAAAGUCGUCGUUUGUCGUUUUUGAGUGCAUUGUGUCCGGAAGCCCGUCUCCCAAUAUCGAAUGGCAAUUCCAAGGUUCUACAUUGCAAAACGAUGGAAAGUACAUGAUCGAGCAAGGCCAGUCCAUUUGUCGUUUAACCAUCUCUCAACCAGCUGUUUAUGAUGUUGGCGAAUACACUUGCAUUGCGUCAAAUGAAUACGGAACUGACAAAACCUCCAGUCUGCUGAUCACUGGAGAAGCACCAGCUCGCCCAGGUCGUCCUGAAUGCGAGAUCAUCUCAGACACAGAAGCGCUAGUCACUUGGGAAGCUCCCGAUGGUCCUACAUGCCUUGAGGGAAUCGUUUAUCGGUUCGAAUAUCGACAAGCAGGACCUGACGACUACAACGCUCCCUGGGUGAUGAUAAGCGAUUCAGUAGACGAUGAGGCUGCUGUUGUGAAGCAUUUGGAACCUCUUACGUUCUAUCAGUUCCGAGUCACAGCUAGAAACGGCUUCGGAUGCGGAGUACCGAGUCUGACCAGUAGGAUUGUGCAGACUAAUGCAAGAGGAGCUCCUAAAUUGCCGUUAGACGGAAUGCGGGGUGAGAUCCGCUUCAAUGUCCUCACAGCGCCUCAGAAGACAUCUGCCCGACAACUGGAGGAAAUCUCCGAGGAGAGCGAAAGCGACAAUAUGUCACAAACAGAGCCCUACAGGUCGCUAGAGCUACUCUCUGCAGAUCCCACCAACAGAUUCCAGAUCGAGUCGUUACUCUUCAAAGGAAGAUUCUCGGUAAUACGACAUUCCGUCGAUUCCCAGAAAGAGGCUGGUGCUCACUAUUUAUGUCGAACACUUGCAGAUGAUAAGGAAGUAGUGCGCGAGUACGAGACGUUGAAAGAAGCUCAACACGACAACGUUCAGCACCUUAUCGCCGCAUAUCAAAACAUCGUUCAUCUUGACGUUAAUCCAUAUAACGUGAUGUUCCAGUCGAAAAGGAAUUGGAUUGUAAAACUUGUCGAUUUUGGCAGUGCUCAGCUCACAAAAGAAAGUAUCAAGCCUUCUGAAUUUGACGUGGCUUGGGCUGCUCCUGAGCUUCAUGCCAAAGACACCCCAGUAACUGUACAAAGCGACGUGUGGGGUAUGGGUGUGAUCACAUUUUGCCUAUUGAGUGGAUUCCAUCCAUUCACUUCUGAAUACGAUCGCCCAGAAGAGGUCAAAGAGAAUGUGAUAAAUGUAAAGUGUGAUCCGAACCUGAUCCCUGUGAACGCUAGUCAAGAGGCUCUCAGCUUUGUCACAUGGGCACUGAAAAAGAAUCCACUACGCCGAAUGCGAACGGAUGAAGCCUUGUCGCACCGCUUCUUGUCAUCAAAUCAACAAAUGGUGCGAAGAAGAGAAACAAUUAAGUGA